GGCCUAGGCGAGUCCCGUCGGAGGCGUCACGGGCGCUCGGGCCCCGCUCGGCGGAUCCGGGGCGAGGGGAGGGAGCUCCUGGCCGCACUUGCAGACCAUCCCACAGUCCGGACCCAGGUGGCCAUGGCGUCCAGGCAGGCUCCCCUCUGUGGCCUGGUUCCUCACUGCCUCUGGCUCUUGGGGGUCAUCCUUCUGAUGGAUGUGUCUGCCCGGCCUGCCAACCACUCAUCUGCUCGGGAGAGAGCCGGCAACAAGGAUGAGCGUGAGAUCCUGCCCCCGGACCACCUGAACGGGGUGAAGCUGGAGAUGGAUGGGCACCUCAACAAGGACUUCCACCAGGAGGUCUUCCUGGGGAAGGACAUGGACGGGUUUGAGGAGGACGCAGAGCCGCGGAGAAGCCGGAGGAAGCUGAUGGUCAUCUUCUCCAAGGUGGACGUGAACACUGACCGGAGGAUCAGUGCCAAGGAGAUGCAGCACUGGAUCAUGGAGAAGACAGCAGAGCAUUUCCGGGAGGCUAUCGAGGAGAGCAAGGUGCACUUCCGUGCAGUGGACCCUGACGGCGACGGCCGUGUGUCGUGGGACGAAUAUAAGGUGAAGUUUUUGGUGAGCAAAGGCCACAACGAGCAAGAAGUUGUGGAGAAGAUAAAGAACGGCGAGGAGCUGAAAGUCGACGAGGAGACACAGGAAGUCCUGGAGAACCUCAAGGACCGCUGGUAUCAGGCGGACAACCCCCCCUCAGACCUGCUUCUGACUGAGGACGAGUUCCUGUCAUUCCUGCACCCUGAGCACAGCCGUGGCAUGCUCAAGUUCAUGGUCAAGGAGAUUGUCCGGGACCUGGACCAGGACGGUGACAAGCGGCUCUCGCUGCCCGAGUUCAUCUCUCUGCCUGUGGGCACGGUGGAGAACCAGCAGGGCCAGGAUAUCGAUGACAGUUGGGUCAGAGACCGAAAAAAAGAGUUUGAGGAACUGAUCGACGCCAACCAUGACGGGAUUGUGACCAUGGCGGAGCUGGAGGACUACAUGGACCCCAUGAACGAGUACAACGCCCUUAACGAGGCCAAGCAGAUGAUCGCCAUCGCCGAUGAGAACCAGAACCACCAUCUGGAGCCCGAGGAGGUCCUCAAGUACAGCGAGUUCUUCACGGGCAGCAAACUGAUGGACUACGCCCGCAACGUGCACGAGGAGUUCUGAGCCCGCGCCUCCUGCUGCCUGCCCCAUGCGCCUUGGCCAGCUGGCCCCUCCGGAAGGCCUCCCUCCCUCCCGCGGCCCCGCCAGCCGUGGGUCCAGGCUUAUUACAGAUGUGCUUGAGCGGGCCCGAGUCCCGAGGUGCAGUUGCGGGCUGGCUGCCCCCCAUGCGUGGGGGUCCCACGUGACUGCUGCGUCUCACUUCUGAGAAC